AUGUCAAAAGGAAAAGUUUGUUUAGCAUAUUCAGGUGGUUUAGAUACCUCAGUCAUUUUAGCUUGGUUAUUAGAACAAGGUUAUGAAGUCAUUGCUUUCUUAGCCAACAUUGGACAAGAAGAAGAUUUUGAAGAAGCUGAAAAGAAGGCAUUAGCCAUUGGAGCAACCAAAUUUGUUGUGGUUGAUGUUAGAAAAGAAUUUGUUGAAAAAGUUUGUUUCCCAGCAAUCCAAUCUAAUGCCAUUUAUGAAAAUGUUUAUUUAUUGGGUACUUCAUUAGCUAGACCAGUUAUUGCUCAAGCACAAAUUAAAGUUGCUGAAGAAAAUGGAUGUUUCGCUGUUUCUCACGGUUGUACUGGUAAAGGUAAUGAUCAAGUCAGAUUUGAAUUGAGUUUCUAUGCAUUGAAACCAGAUGUUGUGGUUAUUGCUCCAUGGAGAGAUCCAGAAUUCUUCCAAAGAUUUGCUGGUAGAAAAGAUCUUUUGGAUUAUGCUGCCUCUAAAAAUAUCCCAGUGGCACAAACAAAAGCUAAACCAUGGUCCACUGAUGAAAACUUGGCUCAUAUUUCAUUUGAAGCUGGUAUUUUGGAAAACCCAGAUACUACUCCACCAAAAGAUAUGUGGAAAUUAACUGUGGAUCCAACUGAUGCUCCAGAUAAACCAGAAACUUUCUCAGUUGUUUUCGAAAAAGGGUUGCCAGUGAAAUUAAUCUUGGAUGAUGGUAAAAAAGUGGUUACUGAUCCAGUAGAAUUAUUCAUUGAAGCUAAUUCUUUAGCUAGAAGAAAUGGGGUUGGUAGAAUUGACAUUGUGGAAAACAGAUUCAUUGGUAUUAAAUCUAGAGGUUGUUAUGAAACUCCAGGUUUGACUAUCUUAAGAAACACUCACGUUGAUUUAGAAGGGUUAACUUUAGAUCGUGAAGUCAGAGCUAUCAGAGAUCAAUUUGUGACACCAACCUGGGCCAAAAUCUUAUACAAUGGUAUGUAUUUCACACCAGAAGGAGAAUAUGUUCGUUCUAUGAUUCCUCCAUCUCAAAUUACUGUUAAUGGGGUUGUUAGAGCUGCUGCUUACAAGGGAUCAGUCACUAUAUUAGGUAGAUCUUCAGAUACUGAAAAAUUAUAUGAUGAAACUGAAUCUUCCAUGGAUGAAUUGACCGGAUUUUCUCCAGAAGAUACUAGUGGGUUUAUUGCUGUGCAAGCCAUUAGAAUCAAGAAAUACGGUGAAGCUGCCAGAGAAAAGGGUAAACCAUUGGAUUUGUAA